AUGUGCACCUCCUACUACGUGCACUACCACCACCUCCCGACCUGCUACCGGCCGAUCGACAUAGCUCUGGAAUACGCCUUUUGCGCAGCCGCGACCGAAGCCACCAUCACCUGCAGCAGCAGCAGCAGCACAUCCAGCCCGACGAGACAGCAGCAGCAGGGAGCCGCAGCCGCACAUGACAGCCAGGAUGGCCAGCAGCAGCAGCAGCAGCGGCAACGGCAGGGCCGACAGCCCUGCCAAGACCUGCACCACGACCCUUGGGCGUCGGUCGACCUGGCGGACCCCUGCGCGGCGGGAGGCUGCUUCGCCGUCAGCCCCGAGUGCGGCUCGGGCCUGUGCCGGCUGAACGACCUGGGAGGGCGCUGGGCGUGCUGCAGCUGCGGGCGCGGCGGCAACACGUACCGCUGGUGCAGGCACAGGAUGAAGAAGAGCCCGGAUACUUUUUGCUACCACACCUGCUGCGAGAACUGCACAGCUGACCCGGUCCGUGGUGGUCGUGGCCGUGGCGAUUCCGAAGGAAGUGGCGGGAGGGAGUGA